CUUGCUGCAGAGCGGCAGUAGGAGGAGCAGAAUCAACAUCACUCCCGGCCUCAACCAUUAAUCACAUUUUGUUGGGCAUACAUACAGCUCGUCUCGUCUUCCAACACCCAAGCAAAGAACGACUUCGACACGAACCUCAUUUUAACACGUCUCUUGCGAGGCAGAUCUUCAGAAUAACCUCUGCAGCUCACCACCGAACACGACACAACCCAAAUUCUAAGCCUCGUCCUCAUACACCCUCUCACGACACCUAGAAACCGUCACUAUGGCAGAAAUCGCAGCGGGCGCUCUCGUUGCCGAGCAAAUUGUCUCGACCGGUGUUGAGGCAGGAGCCGCUGUCGCCGUGGCACGACCCACUCAACCACUGAAGGCGUCUCUAUCUCAAGUCGCCACCACCCAGUCACCCGCGUUUGACGUCUCCGCUCUCGCACGAUCACACCACUCAGUUACUGUCGUCAACCACAAGGCGUGUAUCUUUGGCGGCGAGACGGCCGAAGGCCAGCUGAGCUCUACCGAUUUCCACGUCCUCUCUUUGCCUGCCAUGACCAAGGGUGAGCCCGUUGCGGCAUAUGCCUGCUAUCCCGCGUUCGCGAUGCAGGAUGCCGAGACCGGCAAGACUUAUGUGCCGUCUCCGCGCUCAAGACACGCUGCUGCUGCCCGCGGCCAAUUCGUCAUUAUCCAAGGCGGCGCUGAUGCCAGCGGCAAGCCCAUCGAAGAGACGUGUCUCUGGCUGUGGGACUUGGAGAGCUUGAAGUGGACUAAGAUGGAAGGAGCUAGUCAGAUCGGAAAGACCCUCACACCCCGGUUCGACCACCACAUCUUUGUCGACGAGGCCCAGGACUUCCUUGUACUGCACGGCGGCCGCACUUCCAAAGGACAAGAGGCAUCUACUGAGACUUGGAUGUACAACUUCGAUUCCCUGGCAUGGACGGAGCUGCCGCCCUCGCCCCAGGCCCCCCUUGCCGCCGCCCUCGUCGACAACGUUCUCUAUACCAUUGGAGCCGAUUCUAGCAUGAGCGGCGCUAUCCAUUACCUCGACCUCAAGUCUAACGCUGAGGACCGCGAGAAGCCCAGUGCCCUGGAGUGGAAGACAGUCAACUUCCCCACAAACCCCCUGACUCCCGGCCCUCGCCCCCGUGAGGGCGGUGCCCUUGUCCCCGUCAACACCGGCGUCGGCAGACACUACCUCCUCUACGCGUUCGGUGAGAACAGCACUUCCGCCGAGAAGGACUUUUACAGCGACAUAUGGGCCCUGCAGCUACCGACCCACGGCUUCAGUGCGGCCGCCGUGAAGGAUGCCAUCCGCGAAAAGCUCCCCCGUAUUGACUCUGGCGAGUUCAGCUGGGCCGAGGUAGAGCUUGUCGCGACUGAGGAGGUGAAGACAGAGGGCAAGGCCCAUCCUGGUCCGCGAGGCUUCUUUGGCGCAGAUGCCGCUGAUGCGAAGAGCCUGAUCUUCUGGGGCGGUGUCAGCGCACUUGGCAAAGAGGGCGAUGGUUGGCUUCUGCAGGUUCAGUAGAUACAGAAUGGUGGGUCAAUGCAAACGAUUGAGAGGUGUCGAGACAAAAACAGAGAUUCCCAUGAGUGUGUAGUCUUAGAAGAGAAAAAGGCACAGCCGAGUCUUCAUCACAAGGAUGGAAUGACAUCUUUGAGUUCACACAUCUGUGGUUGUUGGCUUGCGAGGUCCACAAGAUGCAAUUCUUGUUUAAAGUUCCAUCCACGACGCUAUACAACCCAGUCUGGUCGGAUGUGGGUUGGUGUUACGG